ACGUUGCGAUUGGCCCGGUGUCGUUCCUCAGCGGGGGACUCGACGGCUCUCUCUCCCUCUGUGACCAGUGGACGAGAGGGGGGGAGACGAGCGACACACAACGGAGAACCCGGCGUGCGCCUCCGUCACCAUCUCGUUGGCUCAUCCUAUCAUCGCGCCACCGGUCCUGGAUCCCCCGAACCUCGGUCCCGGAGACGCCUGAGUCCGCAGCAGCGCACGAUCUGCUUUAUUUUCACCCUACAUCUGAAUGACGGGCGGACGGUUUGAUUUCGACGACGGUGGCACUUACUGCGGGGGGUGGGAGGAUGGCAAAGCCCACGGACACGGCAUCUGCACCGGACCCAAGGGCCAGGGCGAGUACGCCGGGUCCUGGUCGCACGGCUUUGAGAUAGUAGGGGUGUACACCUGGCCCAGCGGGAACACAUACCGGGGCUACUGGUCCCAGGGUAAGCGGCACGGGCUCGGCGUGGAGAAUAAAGGCAAGUGGAUGUACCGCGGAGAGUGGAGUCACGGUUUCAAGGGUCGUUACGGUAUCCGGCAAAGCCACAACACGCCCGCAAGAUACGACGGCACCUGGAGCAACGGGCUGCAGGACGGAUACGGGAUCGAAACCUACGGCGAUGGCGGUACCUAUCAAGGCCAGUGGAUGGGCGGCAUGCGACAUGGCUACGGCGUGCGUCAGAGCGUUCCCUAUGGCAUGGCCACGGUCAUCCGCUCCCCUCUCCGCACGUCUCUGGCCUCCCUUCGCUCCGAGCAAAGCAACGGCGCCGUGCUCCCGGACCUCUCCUCCCCCACGGACACGCCGACGGGCAGCCGCGGCGGCUUCGUCCUUAACUUCCACUCGGACAGCGAGGUCGUCACCGGUAAGAAGAAGGGCCUGUUCCGCCGAGGCUCGCUCUUUGGCAGCCUUCGGCAGUUGCGCAAGUCUGACUCCCGGACCUCGAUCUCCAGCAAGCGCAGCUCGGCGCGCAGCGACGCCGCCAUGAGCCGCAUCAGCUCCAGCGACGCCAACUCCACCAUAUCCAUCGGCGACGGCGAGCUGCCGGACGAGGACCUACCCCUGGAGGACCACGUGGACGCCACCACCACUGAGACCUACAUGGGGGAAUGGAAGAACGACAAGCGCAACGGAUUUGGCGUUUCGGAGAGAUCCAACGGGAUGAAGUACGAGGGCGAGUGGCUUAACAACAAGCGCCAUGGUUACGGGUGCACCGUUUUCCCAGAUGGCACCAAAGAGGAAGGGAAGUACAAAAAUAACGUGCUGGUGCGUGGAAUAAGGAAGCAGUUGAUUCCUCUUAAGAACCCCAAAACCAAAGAGAAGGUGGACCGGGCUGUGGAGGCGGCGCAGAGGGCUGCAGCCAUCGCCAGGAGUAAAGUGGAAAUAGCAGCUUCCAGAACGGCCCACGCCAGGACAAAAAGCGAGGCCGCAGACCAGGCCGCCGUCUCUGCUGUGCACGACUCGGAAAUUGCCCGGGCGGUUGCUCGGGAGCUGGCCCCGAACUUCUACCAGCCAGGACUUGACUACUUAAAACAACCCCUGAAGGAGCCUGUGGAGAUUAAAGAGGUGCCUGUUGAAAAGAAGGACGGCUCCCAUAAAGAUUCUCCCCACUUCUACCGCAAAGGUACCACUCCGCCCCACUCGCCCGUCACCAGUCCUGUGACCACGCCUCCCCCCUCGCCUCACUCCAGCAAGAAGAAAGGUCAGCUCGCCAACAGCACCAGCCACAAAACCAGCAGAGAGGAAAAGCCUUCCUGCAAGACGAGCAAGGAGGAGAAGUCAAGUCAUAAGACAAGCAAGGAUGAGCGGUCCAGUCGAAAGCUGAGUAAAGAGGAGAGGCCGCCGGUCACCGAUGGCCCUAAAAGUUCUCACGUGCACACCGAGGCCUCAAAUAAACCCACUAACGCUCAGCAGCCGACCCCGGCGUCCUCGCCACUUCCUCCGACGUUGCCAGUCAAUGGCCAGCUCCACAGCGAGUACCACAGUUACUACGUGAAGACCCCUACCAGGGGCCCUCCGCCGCCGGAGCCCGAGGAGGACCCGGAAGAAGAGCCCAGUAUGCUGGACCUAGCGCGUAUGCCCCCACAGCCCCCCAGGUCCUAUAGUAUCCCCCCCCCGAAGCCAGCCUCCCUACGGGAGAACAAGAGUGACCCAAAACUCAGGAAGCAGGAUUCCCUAAAGCCAAAGAGCCUCGCAGACGCAAAGAAAGCCAGUAUGGAGAUUGCAGAAAACAUGGAGGAAACAGGUCCUAACUCGGUUCUUGUCGCUAUGGUGAUGCUGCUGAAUAUUGGCCUUGCAAUUAUAUUUGUCCAUUUUCUGACAUGAUGACACUGUUUUUAUGAAACUGUUUUAUGUUGCAGUGAAACCAUGGCAACCGGUACGGUUGCAUCGCCGGCCUUGAGGAAAGAAAAUGGCACCAGUGAGACACGGGGGUGGCCGUAGGUGUUUUAGGAAUCGGCGCGACACCCAAGAGAACCAGGAGGAAGGCUUCACCACUACCGACCCGUCACGGGCCUUCUCCAUGAGGGCCAGCUCUGUGAAUUAGCACUCCUUUGGCUUCUCUGAAAGCUGAGCUGAAAUGUUGUGUAUCGUGAGAGUAAAAAAAAAAAUGUUUAAAAAGAAGAAAAAAAUCUAAAUAAGUUUCAAAAUGCAACCAAACAUACACAGUCUGAAAAAAGAAAGUAAUUGAAACCCACUCGUGUGCCGAUCCAAGCGCCGGCCCUCUGCAGGCCACCGCCUUGGCAGAGGGAGCGCUGGGCAGACGGACCUUGCCGGAACAGUGUGGAGAUGCACUUUUAGAUGACGGGAGCAAACAGCUGCCUUUCUAUUUUGCCAUCUGACGUUUUGAUGGGGAGAUGUGAGCCCG